AUGGAGGAGACAGGGAAGAGGUUCUGUCUCGCCAUGUCCCGCUCUGGCGGGAGAAAUCCUGCGCUGGCGGCCUCGCUUUGGCGGGAAAAUCCCUCCCCAGCAGCCCCAACGGAAACAAAACCCCUGCCAACCAUUUUCUGGAUCAUGCCUCCUCAUAGAGCUAACACAAUAAAUGCUAACGCAGCUCGUCUAGUCCCAAAUCAGGAGAUUUCAAAUGCAGAGUUUCGGAGUGCGAUUCAGCUUUUGGCUCAGAGUGGACUAACAAGAACAAUCAGCAGUAUCAUCAGAAAUCUUCAACUACAGCGCCUUCAAAAGCUAGUGCUCCACCCCCCAGGUUUAGACAGAAUCAGAAGGGUAGGGCAUCAGGCUCUACGUCUCAUGGGAGUGCUUCAAGUAGCAAGACCUAACCAACUUGUCCAAAAUGUGGGACAAAGAGGCAAUAACAAUAGGUCUGCGUCAAUAGCUUCAGCAACACCAGCAGGUCGCCCAACUCAACAGGGUACUUUAUAUGGUACAGGUGGCGGUCAGCGCCAAAACAAGUUAUAUGCUCUUCAGCUUGAGGUAAUAGUUCCUCUCCAAUCUCUCGAUUUACUUUUGCAUGAAUUCAGCCUUAGUAUCAUGUUCCUUCAAUUAUACUUGCAUUUUCAGCGUAUUUGCAUGUUGGAACUUAGUUCAGUCAGAUUUCAGUUUCUAGUACCUAGUGGUAAGAAUCAAUAUCCCAAAAUGCAAUUGGUUUCCAUUUUCCUUUUCAUAUCUUUCCUCUUUUUGUUGAGGAAAUGGAAAAAGUACUUAAACAAUAGCCAAACCAAAAAAUUGCCUCCAGGUCCAUGGAAACUUCCUUUUAUAGGAAGUAUGCAUCACCUGGCUGGUGGACUUCCACACCGCGUUCUUAGAGAUUUAGCCGAAAAAUAUGGACCACUUAUGCACCUUCAACUUGGUGAAGUUUCUGCAGUUGUGGUUACAUCUCCUGAAAUGGCAAAACAGGUAUUAAAAACUCAUGACAUUGCUUUUGCAUCUAGGCCUAAACUCUUGGCCAUGGACAUUAUUUGUUAUAAUAGACGCGACAUCGCCUUUAGCCCCUACGGUGAGUACUGGAGACAAAUGCGUAAAAUUUGUAUCAUGGAAGUAUUGAGUGCAAAGAAUGUCCGGUCAUUCAGCUCCAUCAGGCAUGAUGAUGUUGUUCGUCUCAUUGACUCUAUCCAGCUACGUUUUACUUCUGGUGAGCUGGUUAAUUUUACGGAAAGGAUCAUUUGGUUCACCAGUUCCAUGACAUGUAGAUCAGCAUUUGGGCAAGUACUAAAGGAGCAAGAAGUAUUUAUAAAGUUAAUUAGAGAAGUAAUAAGCUUAGCAGAGGGAUUUGAUGUGGCUGACAUCUUCCCUUCAUACAAAUUUCUUCAUGGUUUUGGUGGAGCGAAGCAAAAACUUCUAAAUGCCCAUCGUAAGGUAGAUUCAAUUGUUGAGGAUGUCAUCAAAGAGCACAAGAAGAACCUUGCAACUCGCAAAAGUGACGAUGCAAUAGGUGGUGAAGAUCUAGUUGAUGUCCUUCUAAGACUUAUGAAUGAUAAAAGUCUUCAAUUUCCAAUCAACAACGACAAUAUCAAAGCUGUUAUUAUUGACUUGUUUGCUGCUGGAACAGAGACUUCAUCAACAACAACUGUAUGGGCUAUGGCUGAAAUGUUGAAAAAUCCAAGUGUAUUCGCCAAAGCUCAAGCAGAAGUGCGAGAAGCCUUUAGAGACAAAGUAACGUUGGAUGAAAUUGAUGUGGAAGAGCUGAAAUACUUAAAGUUAGUCAUUAAAGAAACAAUGAGACUUCAUGCUCCAGUUCCACUUUUGGUCCCAAGAGAAUGUAGGGAAGAAACUGAAAUAAAUGGAUACACUAUCCCCGUGAAGACCAAAGUCAUGGUUAAUGUUUGGGCAUUGGGAAGAGAUCCGAAAUAUUGGGAUGAUGCAGAAAGCUUUAAGCCAGAGAGAUUUGAGCAGUGCUCUAUAGACUUUAUUGGUAACAAUUUUGAGUAUCUUCCGUUUGGUGGAGGGAGAAGGAUUUGUCCCGGGAUAUCAUUUGGUUUGGCUAAUGUUUAUUUGCCGUUGGCUCAAUUGCUUUAUCACUUUGAUUGGAAGCUCCCUACUGGAAUGGAGCCAAAAGACUUGGACUUGACUGAAUCGGCUGGAAUUACUGCUGCUAGAAAGGGUGAUCUUUACUUAAUUGCCACUCCUCAUCAACCUUAAUGGCAUCAACUUUUUAAAUUUUCCUUUGUCAUCUUAUUUCUUGUCUUUUAAUCAAAUAAGAUUGUAUCC